GCUUACUCAUCACGUCAACUGGCCAAAUUGAACUCCGCAGUUCCCGCCUGGAUAACCGUUGACGAUCUGAUCCGAUAUCAUCCAGCAUAUCUCUUGUAUCGUGGGACUUCACUCAGAUUCGUGACUCGAGAUUUGUGAAAUACGAUCAUGUCUUCAUCAGACAGUGCCGAGGUAAUGUCCAUCGCGACCCCCAUCAACCUCGUCCUUCUCUCCCUCUUCGUCGUCACCGUAUACCUCCAACUCCGCCCCAAGACCCCCGCCGCCCUCCCCAAGAGCCCCCCUCCCGUCGUCUUCCGCGUCUUCACUCCGACCACUCUGCUCGAGUUCAACGGCGAGGAUGAUAAGCCGGUGUAUCUGGCUGUGCGUGGGCGCGUGUUUGACGUGACGCCUGGUCGGAACUUUUAUGGACCGGGCGGCCCAUACGAGAACUUCGCCGGCCGUGACGCCUCGCGCGGUCUGGCCCAUCAGAGCUUCGACCUGGAGAUGCUCACCGAAGACCUGAAGGGCCCGCUCGACGACCUCAAGGACCUCGACGCCGAUCAGCUGGAGAACCUCCAGGGGUGGGAGGAGCGCUUCUUGGAGAAGUACCUUGUCGUGGGGAAGUUGGUUGCUGAGGGGGAUGCGGAGGCGCCGAAGUCGUGAGUCUCAACUCGAUAGAUGGACGGGGCUGUAUUGGUUGAAUGAUGGGUGAGGGGUAGGUAGGAUGGAGGUAGCCUUUUGUGCCGUGGAAAGGGCGAAUGGCCAAACCGCUAGGUCAUGUGUGGGGUGGAUGGAGGAUGGUGGUUUGAGCUGUUCAUGAGAUGUGAUUUAUGAAGGUCCUGUAUUUGGCUUCGUCUUUUCUUUGCAUUGUCUUGUUUACCACUGAGAUUCUUGGGGGUUUACAGACCUACUGGGUCGUUGUUUCAUGUGCCAUUGCCCAUGCAGGAUAAAUACAUUUCAUUCAACAUUUUGAGAAAUGUUACGAGCUGGACAUCUACCGACAGGCAAAAUGCUACUACUGC